UAAUACAAAAACACGUGUCGGUCGGUGAAUUUCAUCGGUAGUCGCCGUAUUUAUUAUUAUAGGUUAAUCGGUGCAGCGUUGACGGGACUUUUGGAGUAGCAGAGUAGUAGUGUAGUAGUUGUAGUAGUAGAGUAGUAGUAGUACUAGUGUUGGUGGUGGUGGAAGGCGUCGUGUCAAGAGACAUUUCGUUUGCACGCGCGCGUGCGAAAGGAAACGGCAAGAGCCGCGAGGCGGCCAUUUUAGUUUUUAGUGUGAGUAUGACGUAGAGAGGCUGGGUGUAACUUUGCCGUUGUACGCGAGGGAAAAAAGAUAAUCGACUCUCGCUUGAAGAGAGCGACCGACGUCGUGCCCGAUGGCGAGCAGUUAAAUACACACGGUCAGGUAUUUUCACGCGGGUAAUGUAAAUCAGCUGUCCAGCUUGUCAUUGAGUUCUCUCCGCGCCUAUAAUCUUGUAACGACGCGCGCUUGUGUUAGCAGCGCUCUUCUAGGGGCAGUCUCGGCGUGGCUAGAGGGCUGGAAAGUGUGCAAACGAACCGAACGAAUCUCUCGACGAGAGAUCUCUCUCGCCAUCUCUCACCUAGUCUAGCAAAAGUGCGCCCGUUCACGUGAAUUAUGAGCGAGGAAAGUAAUCCGCGUACCCUGUACGUGGGCAACCUGGACGCCUCGGUGUCCGAGGAUCUUCUAUGCGCCCUCUUCUCGCAGAUUGGCGCGGUAAAGGGGUGCAAGAUUAUCCGAGAGCCCGGCAACGAUCCGUACGCCUUCGUCGAAUUCACGAAUCACCAAAGCGCGGCCACAGCGUUGGCCGCCAUGAACAAACGAUCCUUCCUCGACAAGGAGAUGAAGGUUAACUGGGCGACCAGUCCGGGCAAUCAGCCCAAACUCGACACCAGCAAUCAUCAUCACAUAUUCGUCGGCGACCUCUCGCCGGAAAUCGAGACGCAGACGCUGAAGGAGGCGUUCGCGCCCUUCGGCGAGAUCAGCAAUUGCAGGAUCGUCCGGGAUCCGCAGACGCUCAAGAGCAAAGGCUACGCCUUCGUGUCGUUUGUCAAGAAGUCCGAGGCCGAGGCGGCGAUUAACGCGAUGAACGGCCAAUGGCUGGGCUCGCGCAGCAUCAGGACGAACUGGUCCACCAGGAAACCACCGCCGCCGAGAUCCGAGCGGCCACGACACUCGAACAAUAGUAAACCCAACUAUGAAGAGGUAUAUAAUCAAAGUAGUCCUACCAAUUGCACGGUAUAUUGCGGAGGUUUCACAAACGGCAUCACAGACGAGUUGAUAAAGAAAACAUUUUCUCCCUUCGGCACCAUCCAAGAUAUAAGAGUGUUUAAAGACAAGGGAUAUGCUUUUAUUAAAUUUACAACUAAGGAAGCUGCAACGCAUGCCAUUGAAUCAACGCAUAAUACUGAAAUCAAUGGUAGCAUUGUCAAAUGCUUUUGGGGAAAGGAAAACGGCGAUCCAAACAGCGUUGGUCCUAAUGCCAAUCAUCAAGCUCAACAGGUGACGGCAGGAGUAGGGCAGUACGCGUACGGUUAUGGCCAACAGAUGGGUUAUUGGUAUCCACAAGGCUAUCCACAGAUGCAGGGACAGUUCCUGCAGCCUGCACAAUAUUAUGGUCAAUAUUAUGGGCAACAGGCACAAUAUAUGAACAGCAUGAGGAUGCCUGCACCAAGCGCGGGUGCCUGGCAGCCGACGCAAGCCACCGCCACACCCCCGACAGCGAGUGCGCCCUUGCCGCCGGGCCAGCAGCCCACUAUGGUAACAUACACCAUGCCACACCAGUACCCUACACAAUGAAAUUGAUCAUUGACCAGCUAAUUGUUACGUACGAUAUAGUUGCCUCGGGGCUACUGCGAAAAUCGUUCUGUCAUAUACCUAGAGCAACAUUUAUAUUUAAGUUUUCGGGAAUGUGAGUGUAUGAGUGUGUGUGAUUGAGUGUGUAUGAUUGUGUGUGUGUGUGUGUGUAGCGCAUAUAGGGCAAUGUCUGUUCUGUGAACUAAAUAUGAUUUCGCUGGAAAUUCAACGUUCACAAUGAAAAGCAAAGCGGGGAAAAAAAAAAAGAAAAACAUGGUACGCGGGAAUCUUUUUUGCAUAUAAAAGGAAAAUAUUUGUUUUAAAAAACGCGUUAUUAUUUUCUUUUCCACGUUCCCCCCUGUCGUAGAAACGUGUGUAAUGUUAAUUACAUCGAGGUGUACAUUUCUCGUGCAUUGACGGCAUUUCGGGUGCAUACUGGUAUGCCACCACUGCGCGAUGUAACGUAAAGAUUUAAGUUUUACGAUUUUGUAAUGCUGAUGUUGACCAGGUAUAUCUCCGAACUCUUCGUUGCGGCCCCUCUGAAACUCAACCGAGCCCCGCACCCGUUGAUUGCGCUGCGCAAGCGCUGACGUGCGGCAAUUUUGCGUUGUUAAAUAUUGUUUUCAUAUUUUUGCCAUCGCGAGAUACAAUUCCCUUUAGGGGGGGGGGGGGGGUGGUUCCCUUAUUUCAAUUUCGGAUCAUUCACGAACGACACACGACGCGCGAUAAAUGUUCAUUUUGAAGUGAAGAUAAAGAAGCGCAUGGUAUCAAUACCGAACAUAGUUAAUAAGAUUAGAAAAGCGUGAUUAUAGCUAGACACGGUGCCUGUGAUGUAUAGCUAGACAGACUUGCGAAUGCGUGUACGCCAAGGCGUGCGGGGCUCCUUAACAAAUAAAACUCUGUGCGCGCGAGAGAGAUUCGACUAACGAGUUACAACUUUUCUCGUUAUGUGAUAUUUAUCGUCGGUGGUUGAUGUAUAAAAAACACUUUGCUAUAAGAGAGAGAUGAAAAGAUGAUUUUGCUAUAAACAUUAGUGAAUCGAGAUUUCCUUGUGUGAAUGCGAAUUUAAGCACACUAAUCGCUACGACGAUGUGCAUUAACGGCGUAUCGACCAACGCUCUUUUUAUAUGCUACGUUGCUUGCCUGUUUCCAGACAUUAUGUUCUGUUCAUUCGUGGAAUGUUCGUAAUUUAUACGUUGUGCUUAUUAUAUCUUUAUGAAAAUCCUUGCCAUGAUUUUAGAAGGAAAAAAUAAACAAGAAUAUAUAGAUCGCUCAUGAGUGUAUAACAGCAAGUACGAAGAGAUUGGUCAGAUGUCGCCAACAUAUUCUAUCGUAGACUGUAAGUAAUUUAGUGACUCCUCACCGUUUAUAUAAACGACCUAGCCGAUCGAAAAAAAAAAAAAUAAAAAUAAAUGUAAUUUAAGUCUAACGAUAAUAGUAACGAUAAAAACACACGCGCAUACUUCCAUCGGAAUAUAUUUCUCAAUCAGGGACGAGUCACACAUUGAUAUCUUGGUGUCCGAAUUAAAAUACAAGAGCAUUGAAAAUUAAAAACGUGUGUAUGUGUGUGUGUGUGUGUGUGUGUGUGUAUUUCAUACACUUUAAAUAUACAGAUGUCGAUAAUUAAUUUUUACACGGUGAAACGAUAUUCAUUCUUUCGAUUGACAAUCAGCCGUGAUGUAUCUACAUACAUUUCCUCGAAUUAUCAUAGUCUGUAUGGCACGAUUCGUGAUUCCUUCGUGUCUUCCAAAUUCACAUAUAACGAAAAUUCGUAGCAUAAUUGUAAUAACAGUUGGUUUUAUUUUCCUUAGUAUCCUUGUCAAAGUUCCUGUAUCCUUACUACAGCUAUAUUAAAUUAUGACAUCAGAAGCGAAAAACGUGUAAAUUCUUCUAUUGCAAAAUUAAGUUCUUUUUUUUUUGCUACCGAAAACUACCUUGUUAUUCUACGUUAAUAAAUACGUACAUAUAUAACUUAUCUUGCAUUUCCAGCGAAACUAGAAGAGAGUUUUCAAUAUAUUUUAUCAAUCUAUAUUUCUAUAUUAUCAAAUAUAAUAAUGAUGGCAUAUAAAAAAAGUUUACUUAUUUUACAAAAGAAAAUUUCAUAUCACGAUUUCUCGCAUCUGACACCAUAAUUUAAUACAUCAGUGAGGGAUCAGGAGCCUUAAUCGCUUAACGAAUUAGUCGCUUAACUCGAAUGAUUGAACUUUUCCGAUAGUAUAUCGAUUGAAGAAGAAUUUCAGGUAUGAUAUGCAUUGAGAGAUCUACUGUAAAAAUGAUAUCGCGUUGAUACAUCUUGCGAAUGGAUAUCGCAUGCGUUUAUUAUUGCUCGUUCAGUUUCGUGUUUGCUCGGGGAUUGUUUUUAAAGCAUAAAACUUUCAAACAUUUUAUGAGUCAUUAUAUAAUCUAAAAUUAUAAGAUUAUAAUUAUAUGAUUGAUUAAUUAUUAUUGUACUAUAAUAAUCUUUUGGCUAUCAAAAGUCCCUCUUAUUAUGUAGACACGCGAGUCCUAUUGAUUGCACAUAAUUGUUUUUCGCGAGACAAUUUUUGUCGAACCUCGAUUUGUGUGUGUUGCGUCUGUUGUAUUAUUCUGAAUACAAUUCAGUACAUCUAUUAGGGAUAUUAAUUCUUUGAGGGUAUGAAAUAGAUAUCCCAUUUAAAGGAUGACGAAACGCCAUUUCAUUUUGUAUCGCGAAAUUUUCUGAAAAAGAUACAAGCGAAUUUAAUUCCAACAAUGUUUGACACGAGAUGAAUAUUAGCGUCUCAGUUCACCACCGACGGUAAAAUGCCAUGAAACUUUCAAAAUCAAUUUGUAUAAAGUCAGUAUAUAAGCGAGCCGAGAUAAAAAAAAAAGGAGGAAAACGAAUAAAAACUGGAGAUAGUAACGAUUCGAUUGCGAUAAGUGAUAUCGAAAGGCCGGGAAGGCCAAUUUGAGGAGAAAAAAAAAACUGAUUUGUCUGUGGCGUAAGCCAGCAGAGAGAACGAAAAAAAACAAAAGAUGUUAUAUAAAAAGUAAUUUAGGUAUGGCAGGGCAUGGAGCUCUCAAAGAUGCUUAGGAUAACGUUAUAAUAAAAACAAAUUAUCCUUUGAAUGAAAAAAGGAAUAAAUAUUUAAAAUACA